AUGGCAGAAAGCUCAUCCUAUCUAGAAAAGUUCUCAGGCAAUGAGAUCCAUCAGAGAUCCUAUAAUACCAAUCCCGAAAAGCCAGGCAGAUGGCAGAACUUCAAAGACUCGUUCAAACGUGUGAAUGUAGAAGAUGACAUCGACCCCGACCUUUCGGAUAUCGAGAGAGCCAAUCUUCUAACGUCGAAGCUGCCACUUAAAAGAAAGCUCAAGUCCAGAAAUAUCACAAUGAUUGCGAUCGGGUCCUCCAUUGGAAGUGCUCUUUUUGUGGGUUCCGGCUCGGCUCUUAGUACGGGUGGACCCGGUGGUAUAUUGAUUGGCUGGACCAUAACGGGAUUGGCUAUCUUCACGACAAUGCAGAGUUUGGGAGAGCUCUCUGUAGCAUUUCCAGUCAGCGGCGGCUUCAAUCUUUAUGCCAGUCGUUUCAUUGAUCCCUCUGUUGGAUUUGCUGUGGCCUGGAAUUACUUCAUCCAAUUCUUGGUUUUACUCCCGUUGGAGCUCGUGAGUAGCUCUAUUACCAUGAGAUUCUGGAAUACCUCGGUGAACCCCGACAUCUGGGUUCUUAUAUUCUACAUUGUCGUCUGCUCCAUCAAUAUGAUUGGCGUAAGAGCCUACGGAGAAGCCGAAUUUAUCUUCUCUUUGAUCAAGGUCACUGCAGUAAUUGGAUUCAUUAUUGUCAGCAUCGUUCUUGCUGCGGGCGGCGCUCCAAACGGAGUUCAUCACGGCGCUGAGUUUUGGCACAAUCCUGGAGCUUUUGCCAAUGGCUUUAAGGGUGUGGCUUCUGUGUUCGUUACUGCUGCUUUUGCCUAUGCUGGUGUUGAACUUGUCGGUUUAGCUGCAGCUGAAUCUGAAAACCCAAGACGUGCAUUGCCCCGUGCUAUCAAACAAGUGUUCUGGAGAAUUUUGAUGUUCUACUUGGUUUCCCUCACGUUGAUUUGUUUCCUUGUUCCUUACAACUCUGACAGACUUUUGGGAGCAUCAUCUGUGGAUGUGACUGCUUCUCCUUUUGUCAUUGCCAUCGAAAGUGGUGGUAUUAGCGGAUUGCCUCAUGUUAUGAAUGCUGUCAUUUUGAUUUCCGUUAUUUCAGUGGCAUCUACCUCAGUUUAUGCUUCGUCUCGUACGCUUACGUCGUUGGCUGAACAAGGUUUGGCCCCAUCUUUUUGCGCUUACAUUGACAGAGCAGGCAGACCUUUGGCUGCCAUCAUCAUUUGCAACAUUUUUGCCCUUCUUGCAUUCAUUGCUGCCAGUAACAAGGAAGCCGAAGUGUUUGACUGGCUCAUGAGUAUUUCAGCAUUGAGCUCUAUUGCAUCAUGGAUUAGUAUCAAUUGGGCCCACAUAAGGUUCAGAAGAGGUCUCAAAACACAAGGCAGAAGUACCGACGAAUUGACCUUCGUUGCUCAAACCGGCGUCAUUGGCUCUUAUCUUGGUGGAACUAUCUUCGUUUUGGUGUUGAUUGCCCAGUUCUGGAUAGCAUUGUUCCCAGUGGGCGAGAAGUCGAGUGCUUACAAUUUCUUCUUGUCGUAUUUGGGUGGUGUCAUCUUGAUUGUGUUUUACAUUGGUCACAAGAUCUGGAAGAAAAACUGGAUCUUGCAAAUUCCCUCUAGAAAGCUUGAUCUCGACACCGGACGCAGAGAGCCAGAUUUAGAGCUUUUGCGUGAACAGCUCAGACAAGAAAAAGCCUUUUUACGUGGGAAGCCCUGGUAUUACAGAUUUUACCGUUUCUGGUGCUAA